UUUCUUUUUCCGCAAUAUUCAUUAUUAAAAAUUUCUUACAUUUUCCUUUUCUCUCUCUUUCUCUUUCCAUUUUUAUUUUUAUUUUCUUCAAUUUAAUCAUGUCUCUUGCAGCAGGCGCCAACGCGCUGCAAACCACAGCGGCCAACACCCUGAUGAGCAAGAACCCGCUCCUACAAUUACUCUGCACCGGCGCCGUUCUCACCAGCGAAAUCACCUACGCCAUUCUCAGCAAAUUUGACCCCUCCAAAAACAAGCAACAGAAUGAGCAAAAAAUUGCAAUAAUCACCGGAGCCAACUCUGGAAUCGGCUACGAGACAGCCAAGGCACUGGGGAGGGCCGGGUACCACGUAAUAAUGGCAUGCCGUAACCUUGAGUAUGCGGCGGAGGCGAAGGCCAGGUUAAUCAGACAGACGGGGCUGGAGGAUAGUCGGUUUGAGAUCAUGCAGGUGGACCUGGCGUCAUUGAGUUCCGUGCAGGGUUUUGUCAAAGAGUUUAAGAGGCGCAAGGUGGCGUUAGAUAUCCUGGUGUGUAAUGCUGGGGUUAUGGCGUGUCCGCUUGGGUAUACCCAGGAUCAAGUGGAGAUGCAGUUUGGGACCAACCACCUGGGUCAUUUUGCGCUCACUACAGGGGUGCUUGACCAACUGAAGGAUGCUUCGGAUGGCGCUCGGGUUGUUAUUGUUUCCUCGAUGGGCUCCUUUAUGACUGCCGAAAUCUCAUACGAAUCCAUUGAGCAACCGGCGCAGUAUAGCCGCACGGUAAACUAUGGGAUAUCGAAACUGGCAAAUAUGACUUUUGCCGCGACCUUGGCGCGCAAGCUUGAAGGGUCUGGGGUUUCGGUUAAUUCGCUGCAUCCAGGUACGGUGGUCACCCCGCUGUAUCGGCAUGUGAGUGGGACGGUUGGGGUUAUGAAAAUGAUGGAGUCUGCGGUUAUGCUUGAUGAGGUUGCUGGGGCGGUUACGUCGGUUAUGCUGGCCCUGGGGGAUGGUGUUGGCAGUGGAAAGUUUUAUAAUAGGGGGCUAAUUAUGGAGAUGCAUCCGAGGGCGAGGGAUGUGCGCGAGCAGGAUAAGCUUUGGGAGUACUCGGAGAAGUUGGUUGCCGAAAAAUCCACAAAAAGAUAAUUUAAUAAUUUAAUAAAUGCUAGUGGUUCCGUUUUUAUUUUUGGCUUUAUCUAUUUUUAGUUAUUUUAUUUUACAAUAAACGAAUUUCUUUUUGAGAUUUUGAA